CGGGCGAUGGCGGCCAUGUUGCUCGGCCGUGGUGCUCUCCCGACUCCGGCGGCGAUGUUUGUGCGUGCCUGGCACGACUGCGGUGGUCUCACUGUCGCACUCGCCGCCUCCGUCGUCGCGUGAGAAGGCCCGCGGACAACAUCGCGUACGGUACGGAUAGCAUCCCGACAAUAUCAGCGUGCCCGUCCAACUUUGCGCGACAUGUCAAGUCAAAUAUGUCUAAAGUGGAAGUUUCUCAGCAAUAUCGCAACGAGCUUCGAGAGCCUUUGGGAGGAAGAGGGCCUGGUGGACGUGACACUCGCCAGUGACGGACAGUGUCUGACGGCGCACGAAGGUGAUACUCUCACAAACCCAUGCCAACAUCCAGUUAUAAUACUCCAGGAUGUACAUUUUAGCGAAUUGGAGGCACUAUUAAUAUUUAUAUAUAAGGGAGAGGUAAAUAUCGAGCAAAAAAAUUUACCAGCACUCCUAAAAGCAGCAGAGACAUUACAAAUUCGGGGCUUGUCUGGGGGAGACAUUUUUGCAAAGGAAUCUUACAAACGACUGGCCGAAUUAGAACAGGCUGUGGCCGAAGAUGUACCAUUGUGCAAGGAGGAGGCACCUAAAAAGAACAAAAUUAGCAAACAACAAAAUAACUCUAUUUUGGAAAAAGCACUAACACCUAGGAUACCGCAAUCGGAAAAUACAAACGAAUCCGCUGACAGCGAUCAAAGUGGGAAAGAUGGAGAUUAUAUGCUACCUGAAACAUUACCAAAUCCAGUGUAUCAUCGUUUAGAGAUGAAAAUAGAACCAUUAGAAAUGGCAGUAGAUGAUCUCCCAAAACGAUCUCCAUUAGAUAAAGAUCCAGAAAGGCUAGAUACAGGACAAACAGACGGAAAUCAAGGAUCAAAGCCGUCAAAGCCGAUUGUGACAGUGAUAGCUGAAGCUCGCAACACUUCUCCAGAUCUACAAACACAUGAGAAAGAUCCUCUCGCAAUUGAACGGAGCUCGUUGUGGAAUAUUUCGAAAAUAUUAGAGGAUCCAUCAUCCGAUCUACCAAAUUAUUCUCAUGCUGAACAAACAAUAAAUCAACCAGAGUCCUCGAAUGUUUUUAUGGAACAUAAUCCCGGAGUUUCGCAACCUGGUUUUCCCACGUUCGUUGAAUCUUAUACAGAUUUAUCAGAAGACACCAUAAAAGGUGGACCAGCAUAUCCACCAUUUCCCUGCCCCUUCUGUGACAGGGCAUAUACGAGUUGGGGCUUUCGCAGAAGGCACAUAAAAGCUGUCCAUACCAUCUCUCCUUCCCUUAAUUGUAAAUGGUGUUUACAAGUUCUUCCUACGCAUGCUGCUUGGAGACGACAUGUGAUAUCAGCGCAUAAUCUAUCGGCCAGUGAUGCACACAAUGGUCUUUUAAUUUUAGAAGAAGCACACAUGGUCUUGCAAAUAGCGCGUCCUACCAGAUUGGAUACAUUGGUUAAUAUUAUUAAGCAAAGUUCGCAACAAAACUGUGGUCAAGAUACCACUCAACAAGAUAAAGAUUAGAUAAUGAUUUCAGUUACAAUUUUGUAUAUCAAGGCGUUAUUUACAUUAUUAAUCUUUUAUUUUAAUAAAAAUAUAUUAUUGAUAAUACUCUUGAUGAUACCGUCGUGUUCGAAGCAAAUGCAAAUUUAUUCUUUUAUAAGAAAAAUUAUAAAUGGUUAGAUAAAUA